GUGAGCAGAACGGUAACAGGAACCCUGGUGGGCUGCAGAUAGGUGACCUUGUGAACAUUGACCUUGACUUGGAGAUUGUCCAGUCUUUGCAGCAUGGACAUGGAGGAUGGACUGAUGGCAUGUUUGAAACUUUAACCACCACGGGGACAGUGUGUGGCAUUGAUGAGGAUCAUGACAUUGUAGUGCAGUACCCAAGUGGCAACAGGUGGACGUUCAACCCAGCUGUGCUCACCAAGGCCAACGUUGUGCGAAGCGGAGACGCUGCCCAAGGUGCAGAGGGAGGGACCUCUCAGUUCCAAGUGGGUGACCUUGUCCAAGUGUGCUAUGACUUGGAGAGAAUCAAGCUGCUGCAGAGAGGUCAUGGAGAGUGGGCUGAGGCCAUGCUUCCUACUUUAGGUAAAGUUGGUCGGGUCCAGCAGAUCUAUUCAGACAGCGACUUAAAGGUGGAGGUCUGUGGGACAUCCUGGACAUAUAAUCCAGCAGCUGUCUCAAAGGUGGCAUCAGCAGGAUCUGCUAUAAGUAAUGCAUCUGGAGAGAGGCUAUCCCAGCUGUUGAAGAAAUUAUUUGAAACCCAAGAAUCUGGAGAUCUCAAUGAAGAGUUAGUUAAAGCUGCUGCCAAUGGAGAUGUUGCUAAAGUGGAAGACUUGCUGAAGAGGCCAGAUGUAGAUGUGAAUGGACAGUGUGCUGGACACACAGCUAUGCAAGCUGCUAGUCAGAAUGGCCACGUUGACAUCUUGAAGUUGCUGCUGAAACAGAAUGUGGAUGUAGAAGCAGAGGACAAGGACGGGGACCGGGCGGUGCACCACGCGGCCUUCGGGGACGAGGGGGCGGUGAUCGAGGUGCUGCACCGCGGCAGCGCCGACCUCAACGCCCGCAACAAGCGGCGCCAGACGCCCCUGCACAUCGCCGUCAACAAGGGCCACCUGCAGGUCGUCAAGACCCUGCUGGACUUCGGCUGCCACCCCAGCCUGCAGGACUCUGAAGGGGACACUCCACUCCAUGAUGCCAUCAGUAAGAAGCGUGAUGACAUCCUUGCUGUGCUGUUAGAAGCUGGAGCAGAUGUUACCAUCACCAACAACAACGGGUUCAAUGCUCUUCAUCAUGCUGCACUAAGAGGAAACCCCAG